AUUAAUAGCACUUGUGGGCCGAUACCAUAGUGUGAUCUGUGUGAUGGUGCAGUGAGGUCCCGGAGCAUGGUGAACUGGCACAGGACUACUGGGCCGUUGAUGAUGAACCAAUCGGGGACCGGGGAUUUGCACCUUCAGCAUCAAUAAGCAGUCCAGACGAUUGAUUCGACAACACCAACUGUCGUCGGUAUGGACAAAUCAGCGAAAGUGUCAGCGGGACCAACCCAAACGAUGGCAUCCAACAGCAAGGCGAUUGGUAUGCCUGCUCUUUCUUGCCUCCUUUGCAAGGGGACACCGAAUGACUUGGAAGUCGCACAAUGCCAGCACGCCGUCUGUAAAAACUGCCUGUCUACACACAACCAGAGACUUGGUCAGGAUAAAGAGAGCUUCCCAUGUCCACUGUGUCGGGUAGAUUCUUUAUUUGCUGGCAAUGUUGCCAUUCUGAUAACGGACAGUGAUGGUCUUGUCUCGGUUGCUGAUACGAGCCAGUUCGCACAUGGUUCACGCUCAGGUGAUGGUCUUGUAUCCGUGGUAGAUGGAAGCCAAGUUGCACACGCUUCAAGUUCGAGCGAUGGUCUUGUCUCGGUUACAAGCCAAGUUGCACACGCUUCAAGUUCGAGCGAUGGUCUUGUCUCGGUUACAAGCCAAGUUGCCCACGCUUCAAGUUCGAGCGAUGGUCUUGUCUCGGUUACAAGCCAAGUUGCCCACGCUUCAAGUUCGAGCGAUGGUCUUGUCUCAGUUGCUGAUGCAAGCCAAAUUGCACAUGGUUCAAGCUCAAAUGAUGUUCUCGUCUCUGUUGAGAAUUCUAAAAGUCAUGAAGUACAGGACUUUCCUUUGAAGUUGGACAACGAACAAGAAGCUCUGGUAGAGGGCCUGACCGCCAUUUGUACAAGUUGUCGGUAUACUAAGAAUAUACAGGCUAUAGCGGAGAGUCUCUGCGAGGAGUGUGGCUCGUUGUACCUUUGUCGCGAUUGCGCAAAUGUCCACAAUAGGAAUAGAUCAACGGCUAACCAUGUUGUGAUUUCACUGAAAAGGAUGGAUGAAGGUUGCUGUAGUACACACAUGGAGGUAAUCAAUAGAUACUGUGGUACAUGUUCCCAACCGUGUUGUAACCUGUGUGUCCUGCUUGAUCAUGGAGAUCACAAGAUCAGGGGUAUCGGUGAGGUGUUCUACGGGCUGGUCGAUGAUCUCAACCAUGUGGCUCUUGAACAAGAGAGGCGGGCAAAGGACUUGAGAAAUUUCGAAGGCCAGUUGAACUCCAUAAAGUCUUCAAAGGUGGCGGAGAGAAGGCGUAUUCUUGCGCAAGAGAUUGAUGAUCAUGCUCAGGUCUGUAUUGCACAGAUAACUAAACAGAGGGACGCCCUGAAGGAUCGGGUGGAAGACGGCUACAAGGUGCUUAACAAGGUCACGGAAUGUCUGAAUAAGAUCCCAACGCUGGUUUUAUUGGAUGAGACUGUGGACAAGGCUAAAGUUGUGCUGACAGAAGUAGAGCCUCACCCGAAUGAUAUUGAAAAGCUGACUAGUAUAAGAAACGAAUUUAUGAACUGGGGGUUAAAAGAUGAGGUGGAUUCGGAAAGUUACCUGGAGAUCUAUCAACAACUUUUUAACAAUCCUUUUCAUUUCGUCCCGACUCUUCCAAAUUUCAAUAUUGGGGCUUUGGAAGCGAUGGAAAUGUCCUCAAACUACAGGGAUAUCAACCUCUGCAAACUGAUCUAUGAAAGGAAACUCGCGGCAGACGACGCUUCGGAAGUCAUCCCGUGCGUUGCUAACCUCGGUAACGGUUACUACGCUGCUGCUCAUCCGACCUUGGAGGGAACACCAUCUGAUGGCAUAGAUAUCUGCAAAGUUCCUGGGGAAUUCCUGCACUGCUUCCAUGAAUGUCCCGUGUAUGACAUGGCUGCCACACCCGAAGGUCAUCUUGCUGUCCUGACAACCGGGAGUGCACAAGAAGCAAGCUGCGCGCACCUGGUGAAUCCGGUCGAAGGGAAUACUAUCGGAUCUACGAGUGACUUCCCAAUUCGCCACGCGUUGUCGUUUGAUGUGAACUUCUAUCAUCAAUAUGUGAUUCUUAGCAAUGAUGGCGGGAGACGAAUAACCAUCUGCAACAAAGAUGGGACGCUUGAUCAGUCGCACAAAAUCGAUGAAUCUCAUGGCGUCAAAGAUAGCAGCCGGAUUGUCUGCAGUCGGAAGUACAUCUACGUCCUCGGGCGGAAGCGUUUCGUAAUAUUCGAUUGCAAGAGCAAAGAGCUUGGCCUUGUGCUUGUCGCGACGAGUGAAAAUGAAUUUACUACUCUCACUCUGACGGAUAUUUCUGUUACCGACUUCGAUGAGAUCACGGUGUGCUACGAGGGUGGCACAGAUAAUCAUUUCUGGUUUGGAAGAUGCGUACUCCACAAGGGCAGCUUGUCCGGGUGGAAUAUUCGAGAGAUGAGCGGGCAAGCGAGGAGGACGAGGCUGUCCAGGAACCAUGACUACAUGGUGACGUCACAAGAAGGGUCGAUCAUUAGAGUGUAUGAAGAGUCGACUACUUGAGCAAAAACGAGAGAAAAACUGUUUGCUUUUUCUUGUCUGAACAUACAUUAUGAAUUAAAGAAUCCAAUGACGCAUCACUGUAUGAGUGCCUGUGGUGCAUCUUCGUCUUCCUUGACUCAGACGGAGAACCACUUUCAAUUCCGCAAGUCGACCAUCUUUUGCUUCUUAAAGGCACAGGCAAGGGCCCUGAGCCCCGUGCAACUUUCUCCCAUAUUUCAAAUCGUGCAUGCAUUAAUCAUGUUUGUUAAUAUCUUAUGUUAUUCAUAUUAAAAUAUCUUAGCCUUUUACUAUGU